UCUCCACGUUUGAACGGCAUAUUCAUCACGAGUUAGCUAGCUCCAUCUCCUAAACAUGGCGGCCAUUCAAAAAUUCAAGAUUGUCUUCUUCGUUCCUCCCUCUGCACUUUCAGCCUGCAAGACUGCAAUUUUCAACGCCGGGGCUGGUCGCUUCCCAGGCCCAGCAGGCUACACCGAAUGCGCCUUCACCUCGAAGGGUGUUGGUCAAUUUCGCCCUGGAGAUGCUGCAAACCCGCACAUCGGAGAAGUUGGCAAGUUAGAAGAAGUCGAAGAGUGCAGAGUAGAAGCCAUUUGUCUGAAUAGAGACAUCGCGGUCCAGGCUAUUAAAGCCUUGAAGGAGGCUCAUCCAUAUGAGGAGCCUGCAUAUGAAGUGUACAAGAUGGAAGAGUUUUAAGAAGUUUCACAUGUUACGUGAAUCGGUCUAUUGGGCAUUAAUCUAAAAUGCUCAUGAGGGGAAUUUUAGCUGUUCACUUCAAUUGCCACUCAGAUAUCACAUCUUCGAAUACUCCUUUAAUGAUUGGCAAAUCCUUGUUCACGUCCGCCAUCCAGUUUGAGACGGCAAAGCGACAGGCUGGCUUGCCUGCCCAAGCUGUGCCUGAUACAUACACCUUCUUGGUGCCUUUGAUCCGAUUCACGAGCUCAUCAUUCAAGCCGUCAUCCUUUGCUCUGAAAAGAACAAUGAUGUAGAUAUUUUGCAGAAUCUGUGUCCUCUCACUUUCAAAUUGUGGUA